UAUUUUCUGACACUUGCCCUAGAGCUGGAGGUAGAGAUGCCUCCUUUCGUACCAUACUCUCACCGGGGUAUGACAGGAGAUGCCAGCGGAGGACCCAGGAGUCCUUCCCAUUCUUCCGUCGAUACUUCGACACUGUGACCGCGGCUAAGGUAACUCAAGAUUCACUGUUAUUUCCAUUUUCCCUUGAUUCUGAUUCGUAUCGCAAUAUCUGAUGACAAUUAACAAUCUGUGCACUCUCUAUUUACAAAUCACUUGGCGGCCCUGGGCGAUGAUGCCUGAGGGAGUUAGGGAUCAGUUUGCUGGUGCUCGAGAGGCUUCUUGCUUCCGGCUCCUACUCGAGGGCCCAGUUUGUCGGUUAUGGUUCUUAGGGGAGCGGUUUUUAUGCCAGACCAUCGGCUUGCCCUAGCCGGUAGUUCCCAUGCCACGUCUGACAUAUAUAAGAGCCCUAGAGAAAUUCACUUUUCAAGAGAUGAUUGAUUUCACCAGGGGCUGGGACGCUGACUUUUUCUAAGUCGAGGGUGAUUACACAGCCUUCAUUCAGACAUACCUCAUGCCACCUCUGACUAGUGCCCGUGGAAGUGAGAGAGCGAGGGCUCCAGCUGCGAGAGAGAGAGACAGAGGGGAUAGGGCGACCAGGACUCGUAGCAGGAGAGAAUCUCGGACGAGACAGAGGACAGGGUGGCCAGAGCUGCCUACUACACUCACUUGUUAGCGGUAUACCGGGGAGGCUUACCAGAUCCCUAUUGAGCCUGCACCAGCUGGGCAUGAGCUUGUCGGGGUUCGAGGCCCGACUCUAGCACCUAUAGAGUACAUCGGCCAGGCUCUCGAGCUAGCGGCUUCCAUGAUGGAGAUGGUGUAGAGAAGCAUGCAUCUGCUCAACCUCUACAGGAUUCCGAUCCCAGCCACACCGGACGCUCCAGCGGGAGCUGCAACAGGACCAUCAGAGCCUCCUCCGACAGUAGGAAUAGAGAGACGGGAGGCUCCAGCACGCAGUCGAGGGAGAGCGAGGGGCACCUGUGACGAGAGUGGCCCUUCAGAGCCCGCCCGAGACGACGACGAUGAUGAGACGGGCGAGGACGAUGAGGCAGCGAGUCCACAGUCAGAGUCAUCUGAGGAUGGAGACGACAACGCUGGCUCAGAUUCUGAGGGCGGAGAUGAUACUGAGGCAGGUUCAGCGGGGGCCUCUGACAGUGGGGCCGAUGGAGAUAGCUCUAGGUCCGUGCCCAGGAAGAGGACGAAGAGGGCCUCUCAAUCCUGAGGUGGCUGGCGCUGAUUCAUAUGUUCUUGCUUAGCUUUUUUUUGUUAGU